AUGUCGUCGACAGCAUCUCCAGCAACGGCAGGCCCGCCCCCUCCAGGCGUUCCAACAGAGGAACAACGGGCAAACGUCAACUACAUAACUUUGGCUUCGUUCGUCCUCGUCACUUGGGAGAUCGUUCUCCACUCGCCCUUGGACCUCAAGUACCUCCGGAUGAAGGAUGCCUGGAAGAGCCCUGUGAUUUGGGCAUACUUUCUGCAACGCUACGGCGCUUGGAUCGUGAUCAUGGCGCAAGUGAACAUCCUCCUCGGAACGCCUGGAAAUUGCUAUGCCUUCGGAAAGGUGGCUUUGACAUUCGGGGGCGCUGUGGUCCUGCCGUCGGUCUCUCUCAUCUAUCUGUACCGAGUCCUUGCAAUCUGGGAUAGGAGCAUCUCCGUGAAGUAUACACUAUUCGUCCUUUGGGUGCUGUGUCUAGGGGCGUCCCUCACCGCUCCGUUCUCUCAGAAGGCAGCAAACAUCCCAACUGGAGGGUGCACCAUCGUUCGGAGCGAAAAGUGGGCCCCAAUCUCCUUUAUCGCCAACGCCGGGUAUGAUACUGUCAUAUUCAUAUUGACAGUUUACAGACUUGUCCUGAACCGCCACCAGCACAAGAGCUUCGACUCGCCGAUUCAAGCGACAUUUCUUCGCGAUGGUGUCCUCUACUUUUUCAUUGCGGUCGUCAUAGGAAUUGUCGACAUUGCCUUCUUGAUGGGAGUGAAGAACCCCGUCGUUUCCUCCACAAUCAUCCCUCUCCACAUCGCGCUCACCUCGAUCAUGACCACCCGACUCGUGGCCAACGUUCUCCACGUAGUCGGAGAAGGAUCGUCAGCCCAGUACAAGGCAUCCGCGAUGUCCUCAAAAAGUGCCAUAUUCAUUGGCAGUGGAGUUGGUACCGAUCACUUUGACAGGAGUGUUGCAGAUGGAGGAGGAUUGCGUACUGAAUCGCGACCUGAGAAGAGGAUCGUGGGGAGCCAGACGUAUGCGAUUCCUAUGCAAUUAACAAGUUCAGGGGCCCGGGGAGCCGGGUCAAAUGUCUAA